AUGGAGGAGUACACGGCGUUCCUGCUGCUACUGUCGGCGACCUUGACGCUUUCCACUGAGGUCACUGUUGAUGAUUCGGUGAGUUUGCUCACUGAGCCUCAGGUGGCAAUGUUCUGUGGGAAGCUCAACAUGCACAUCAACGUCCAGAGUGGAAAAUGGGAUUCGGACCCCUCAGGCACCAAGAGCUGCAUCGGUACAAAGGAGGGCAUCCUGCAGUACUGUCAAGAGGUAUAUCCAGAGCUGCAAAUCACUAAUGUGGUGGAGGCCAACCAGCCGACGAGUAUUCAGAACUGGUGCAAGAAAGGUCGUAAGCAGUGCCGCAGUCACAGCCACAUCGUGGUGCCAUACCGCUGCUUAGUUGGUGAGUUUGUAAGCGAUGCCCUGCUUGUUCCUGAUAAGUGCAAGUUCCUUCAUCAGGAGCGUAUGGAUCAGUGUGAGAGCCACCUGCACUGGCACACUGUGGCCAAAGAGUCGUGUGGAGACCGCUCCAUGUACCUGAAUGAUUUUGGGAUGCUGUUGCCAUGUGGCAUUGACCGUUUCCGAGGAGUGGAGUUUGUGUGCUGUCCGGCAGAGGCGGAACCACAGCCCGACAACACUGAAGCUGAAGAGGAGGAGUCUGACGUGUGGUGGGGAGGACCGGCGGCAGAGUACUCGGAUAACGGAGAGACUCGUGCUGCUGACGCUGAGCCUGCUGCUGUAGAGGACGAUGAAGAGGAGGAUGAAGAGGCGUAUGACAGAGAUGCUAAUGGGGAUAUUAUUGAUGAAGAGGAAAACUUGGAGGAUGAAGAAGAUGUCACUGACGAUCGUUACAGCGAUGAGGCUAAUAUUAACAUCGCCAUGACAACCACAACCACCACCACCACAGAAUCCGUGGAGGAGGUUGUGCGAGAUGUUUGUUGGGCUCGAGCUGACUCAGGCCCAUGUGACGACUCGCUGGAGCGCUGGUACUUCGAGCCUGAGAAGGGCCAGUGUGCUACUUUCUUGUUUGGGGGCUGUGGGGGCAACAGGAAUAACUUUGGCUCUGAGGAGUACUGCCUUGCUGUCUGCAGCAGUUCGUUGCCAACAAUGGCUCCCAGCCCGCCAGAUGCUGUUGAUCGUUAUCUUGAGGCUCCAGGGGAGGACAAUGAACAUGCUGAUUUCCAGAAGGCCAAAGAAAGUUUGGAGGCCAAACACCGUGAAAAAAUGUCCCAGGUGAUGAGGGAAUGGGAAGAGGCGGAGAGACAGGCCAAGAACCUUCCUCGUGCAGAUAAAAAAGCUGUCAUUCAGCACUUCCAGGAGAAGGUGGAGGCUCUGGAGCAGGAGGCAGCAGGAGAGCGGCAGCAGCUGGUGGAGACACACAUGGCUCGAGUGGAAGCUCUGCUCAACACUCGCCGACGCCUCGCGAUGGAGAACUACCUCAGCGCUCUGCAGGCCUCCCCUCCACGGCCACGACAAGUUUUGAGCCUGUUAAAGAAGUAUGUCCGUGCAGAGCAAAAAGACAGACAACACACUCUGAAACAUUAUGAACACGUUUGCACGGUUGAUCCCAAAAAGGCAGCCCAGAUUCGACCACAGGUCUUGACCCACCUUCACGUGAUUGAAGAAAGAAUGAAUCAGUCUUUGGGUCUGCUUUACAAAGUGCCUAAUGUUGCAAAUGAGAUCCAUAACCAAGUUUCUGUGUUGGUGCAUCGGGUUCAGGUGGAGCUGUCUCAGCAGGUCUCCUCCCUGCAGAACGAUGGGCGGGUGGACGGCAGGAUCAGUUAUGGCAAUGAUGCGCUAAUGCCAGACCAGGCUUUCAGUUCUGCUCCUAUGGAUCCUGCCCUGGGUGGAUUUGGGUUCAUUCAUCCUGAAAGCUUCAACCAGGCCAACACAGAAAACCACGUUGAGCCUGUUGAUGCCCGUCCUGUUGCAGACCGAGGACUUCCCACUCGACCAGUGUCUGCUUUGAAACCAGAAGAGAUACCAGAAGUGCGGCUUGACACUGGAGAGAGAAGUGCUGGUUAUGAAGUUCACCAAAAACUGGUAUUUUUUGCGGAGGAUGUGGGAUCCAACAAGGGAGCCAUCAUUGGUUUGAUGGUUGGAGGAGUUGUUAUAGCAACCAUUAUAGUUAUCACUUUGGUGAUGCUGCGAAAGAAACAAUAUACAUCUAUCCAUCAUGGAGUAAUCGAGGUGGAUGCAGCUGUUACCCCAGAGGAGCGUCAUCUUGCCAAGAUGCAACAAAAUGGUUAUGAAAAUCCUACUUACAAAUUUUUUGAACAAAUUCACAGCUAA